CGGUAGAGAGGGCGGGGCGGACGCCUAGCGAUUGUUGCGCAACUGGCAGCUAGCGGAAGGACCUCUCUGUCCUGGUCCCCUGAGGCGUCAAGAGGGAACCGCGACCGGGAGGCCGGGCUGCUCCGGAGAGAAGGCAGCGGCGGUCUGAACCCCUAGAGCUUAUAGCUUCAUUGCACCAUGUGUGGCAUUUGGGCCCUGUUUGGCAGUGACGACUGCCUUUCUGUUCAGUGUCUGAGCGCUAUGAAGGUUGCACACAGAGGGCCAGAUGCAUUCCGUUUUGAGAAUGUCAAUGGAUACACCAACUGCUGCUUUGGAUUUCACCGGUUGGCAGUAGUUGACCCGCUGUUUGGAAUGCAGCCAAUUCGAUUGAAGAAAUAUCCGUAUUUGUGGCUCUGUUACAAUGGUGAAAUCUACAACUAUAAGAAGAUGCAACAGCAUUUUGAAUUUGAAUACCAGACCAAAGUGGAUGGUGAGAUAAUCCUUCAUCUUUAUGACAAAGGAGGAAUUGAGCAAACAAUUUGUAUGUUGGAUGGUGUGUUUGCAUUUGUUUUACUGGAUACUGCCAAUAAGAAAGUGUUCCUGGGCAGAGAUACAUAUGGAGUCAGACCUUUGUUUAAAGCAAUGACAGAAGAUGGAUUUUUGGCUGUAUGUUCAGAAGCUAAAGGUCUUGUUACAUUGAAACACUCUACGACUCCCUUUUUAAAAGUGGAGCCUUUUCUUCCUGGACACUACGAAGUUUUGGAUUUAAAGCCAAAUGGCAAAGUUGCAUCUGUGGAAAUGGUUAAAUAUCAUCACUGUCGGGAUGAACCGCUGCACGCCCUCUAUGACAAUGUGGACAAACUCUUUCCAGGUUUUGAGAUAGAAACUGUGAAGAACAACCUCAGGAUCCUUUUUAAUAAUGCUGUAAAGAAACGUUUGAUGACAGACAGAAGGAUUGGCUGCCUUUUAUCAGGGGGCUUGGACUCCAGCUUGGUUGCUGCCACCCUGUUGAAGCAGCUGAAAGAGGCCCAAAUACAGUAUCCUCUCCAGACAUUUGCAAUUGGCAUGGAAGACAGCCCCGAUUUACUGGCUGCUAGAAAGGUGGCAAAUCAUAUCGGAAGUGAACAUUAUGAAGUCCUUUUUAACUCUGAGGAAGGCAUUCAGGCUCUGGAUGAAGUCAUAUUUUCCUUGGAAACUUAUGAUAUUACAACAGUUCGUGCUUCAGUAGGUAUGUAUUUAAUUUCCAAGUAUAUUCGGAAGAACACAGAUAACGUGGUGAUCUUCUCUGGAGAAGGAUCAGAUGAACUUACACAGGGCUACAUAUAUUUUCACAAGGCUCCUUCUCCUGAAGAAGCUGAGGAGGAGAGCGAGAGGCUUCUGAGGGAACUCUAUUUGUUUGAUGUGCUCCGCGCAGAUCGAACUACUGCUGCCCACGGCCUUGAACUGAGAGUCCCAUUUCUAGAUCAUAGAUUUUCUUCCUAUUACUUGUCUCUGCCACCAGAAAUGAGAACUCCAAAGAAUGGGAUAGAAAAACAUCUCCUGAGAGAGACGUUUGAGGAGUCCAAUCUGAUACCCAAAGAGAUUCUCUGGCGACCAAAAGAAGCCUUCAGUGAUGGAAUAACUUCAGUUAAGAAUUCCUGGUUUAAGAUUUUACAGGAAUAUGUUGAACAUCAGGUUGAUGAUGCAAUGAUGGCAAAUGCAGCCCAGAAAUUUCCCUUCAAUACUCCUAAAACCAAAGAAGGAUAUUACUACCGUCAAAUCUUUGAACGCCAUUACCCAGGCCGGGCUGACUGGCUGAGCCAUUACUGGAUGCCCAAGUGGAUCAAUGCCACUGACCCUUCUGCCCGCACACUGACCCACUACAAGUCAGCUACCAAAGCUUAGGUGCUCUUUGUGCUGUAAUGUGAAAGCAAAUAUUUCUUCUUGUUGUAUGGGGACUAUGGGGAGAUAGGGGAACAAGGAGAGUCAACUCAGGCUAACUUGGGUGUGAAAAAAAUAAAAGUCCUAAAUCUAAAA